AUGCUUCUGGAUGCUGGACCGCAGUAUCCCGCCAUAGGAGUCACUACGUUCGGAUCGUCUCGCCACCACUCCGCGGCCGAUGUCACGGACAGAGAAGUGGGGCUGGGAAUCAACCCCUUCGCCGACGGCAUGGGCGCCUUCAAACUCAACCCCGGCGGCCACGAGCUGGCCUCGGCCGGGCAGACAGCCUUCACCUCGCAGGCUCCGGGCUACGCGGCGGCGCUGGGGCACCACCACCACCCGCCCCACGUCGGCUCCUACUCCAGCGCCGCGUUCAACUCCACCCGGGACUUUCUGUUCCGCAACCGCGGCUUCGGGGAGGCCGCGGCCGCCAGCGCCCAGCACAGCCUCUUCGCCUCCGCCGCCGGCGGCUUCGGCGGCCCGCACGGACACGGCGAUGCCGCGGGACAUAUACUUUUCCCCGGGCUGCACGAGCAAGCGGCUGGCCACGCUUCGCCCAACGUGGUGAACGGGCAGAUGCGCCUGGGCUUCUCCGGAGACAUGUACGGCCGAGCCGAGCAGUACGGCCAGGUCACCAGCCCCCGCUCCGAGCACUACGCCUCGAGCCAGCUGCACGGCUACGGCCACAUGAACAUGAACAUGGCAGCGCACCACGGGGCGGGGGCCUUCUUCCGCUACAUGCGGCAGCCCAUCAAGCAGGAACUCAUCUGUAAGUGGAUUGAGCCCGAGCAGUUGGCGAACCCCAAAAAGUCCUGCAACAAAACUUUCAGCACGAUGCACGAGCUGGUGACUCAUGUCACCGUGGAGCACGUUGGAGGACCCGAGCAGUCCAAUCACAUAUGUUUCUGGGAAGAGUGCCCGCGAGAAGGGAAACCUUUCAAGGCCAAAUACAAACUCGUAAAUCACAUCCGAGUCCACACAGGUGAAAAACCUUUCCCCUGCCCUUUCCCAGGCUGUGGCAAAGUGUUUGCCAGAUCAGAGAAUCUCAAAAUACACAAAAGAACUCACACAGGUGAAAAACCAUUUAAGUGUGAAUUCGAGGGCUGUGACAGGCGCUUUGCAAACAGCAGCGACCGCAAAAAGCACAUGCAUGUGCACACUUCCGACAAGCCCUAUCUCUGCAAAAUGUGUGACAAGUCCUACACGCACCCCAGCUCCCUCAGAAAGCACAUGAAGGUCCAUGAAUCGUCCUCGCAAGGGUCCCAGCCUUCUCCCGCCGCCAGCUCAGGCUACGAGUCCUCCACCCCUCCAACCAUCGUGUCUCCAUCCACAGAAAACCAGACCGCCAGCUCCUUAUCCCCUUCCUCCUCCGCAGUCCACCACACGUCCAGCCACAGCACGCUUACAUCAAAUUUUAACGAAUGGUACGUUUAA